AUGACAAGACCAGAAGCCUGUGAAUCCGUAGGAACAGAAUUCCGAUCAUGCGUCGACCGAGUAGGAUUCUGGGGCCGUCUAAAAGGAGAUUGUGAAGCUCUAAAAGUUGAAUUUGAAUCUUGCAUGUCGAGAGAGCUUCAAAAGAGACGCUCCGAAUCACUAGAAACAGCUCGAGAGCGAAAAAAGAAUUGGAAGGAAAGAAAUCAAGCUGCUGGAUUACCAGCUGGUCCUUGA